AUGGCGGCACUCUCGGAAGAACAACUACGUAAAGAAUUUCGUCGUGUUGAUAAGGACGAUGACGGUUCAAUCACCAUCGAAGAAUUAAGAAAAUAUUAUCUUCCAAUGCAAGAGAUGCUUGGUGUUAGACCUGAAGUUGCUGAACAAGAAAUUCAAGGUUUAAUCAAACGACUUGAUAGUGACAAUAAUGGAACAAUCAGUUUUGAAGAGUUCAAAUCAUUCUGCUCUGGAUCAUAA